AUGAGCAAAGUAACAGACAAAAAGACCGCAGGUCCCGUGCAUCUUGUCGCAGGCGGCGUCGCAGGUCUCUGUGAGGCUCUCGCGUGCCAUCCACUCGACACCAUCAAAGUCAGGAUGCAGCUCUCGACCCGAGCAAGACUUCCAGGGACACAGGCGAAAAAGAGAGGCUUCUUUACAGUCGGCCGUGACAUUGUGCGCAAGGAAUCGCCCCUGGCAUUGUACAAAGGUCUCGGUGCCGUUGUGACAGGUAUCGUGCCAAAGAUGGCCAUUCGUUUCAGUUCCUUCGAGGCGUACAAAAAGCUCCUGGCAGACCCUGUAACCGGCAAAGUUGCGACAGGCUCCGUCUUUCUUGCUGGUCUCGGUGCAGGUAUCACAGAGGCUGUGGCAGUUGUCUCGCCCAUGGAGUGCAUCAAGAUCCGUUUGCAAGCUCAGCACCACUCUAUGGCUGAUCCUCUGGAUGUGCCUCGCUACCGCAAUGCUGCCCACGCAGCCUACACAAUUGUCCGGGAAGAAGGAUUCGCGACGCUGUACAGGGGUGUCACCUUGACUGCUACUCGGCAAGCGACCAACCAAGCUGUCAACUUUACAGCCUACCAAGAGUUCCAAAAAUGGGCAAAGGACUACCAGAACCUCACUGCCCUGCCAGCCUACCAAAAUUUCGUUCUAGGUGGUCUUUCUGGUGCUAUGGGUCCUAUGUCCAAUGCACCAAUCGAUACCAUCAAAACGCGCAUUCAGCGUGGCGCAUCUACCGAUGGUACCACUGGUGCGCGACGAAUCAUCAACGUUACAAAAGAGCUUGUUGCCAAGGAAGGUGUGUCUGCUUUGUACAAAGGCAUCACCCCCCGUGUUCUGCGUGUUGCGCCAGGACAGGCUGUCACCUUCAUGAUUUACGAGCGUGUCAAGACUUGGCUCGAGGGCGGUGUGCUUGAUCACUCGGUACAAGAAAUCACAAAGUCGAUCGCUAAGUAA